UAGCUGUUACCGGGAAGAGUCCUUUCGUCUGAUACAAUUCCUCGGCGUAAACGGGCGGCUAGUUGCUGCUUCGAGAGCCCGACAUUCUCUGAGAAGGACCGACAUGACGCUGCUAGACGAGCGGAUCUCGUCGCUGUUCAAAAUCCACUGGCGAAUAACUCUCACCUACUGGAGUGCGUUGUUCAGCUUCGGCCUGUGCAUCGCCUUUCUGGGACCAACCGUCCUGGACCUGAGGUGUCAGACCCAGUCCACGCUGCAGCAGAUCACCUGGGUCUUCUUCUCCCAACAGUUGUUCCUGAUGGUGGGCAGCAUCCUGGGAGGACUCUUCAAGAAGACACUCCCGUGCUCGCUCUUAGCCCUCUUCUGCUGCACUCUCAUCAUCUCGUUUGUGUUUGCUGUCAUACCUCUCUGUAACCAUGUGUUACUGCUGUCUGUCGCCAUGGCGAUCGCUGGCUUAGCCAUGGGAGUGAUUGACACGCUUGCCUGCCUCCAGCUGGUGAAGCUGUACCAGAAGGACUCUGCCAUGUUCCUCCAGGCCCUGCAUUUCUUCAGCGGCCUGGGAGCUCUUGUCAGCCCCCUGGUGGCCGAUCCUUUUCUGGCAGAGGACAGCUGUGUCCUGGGUGCCAACUGGACCGCCAACUCAUCCUCUCCCUCAGAUCUACAGCACCUGCGCAGCAGCAUGGCCGGGCACGGAGCAACUAUAGGCAACGUCUCCCAGUAUCCUCUGCAUACCGAAGGUGUAGUUGUCACCCAGGUGUCGUUCGCUUUUUGGAUCAUGGCUCUUAUCAAUCUCCCAGUACCAGCAGCAGUUCUCGCUUUGAUGUACCACGAGAGACUGCUGCCUUACACUGGCAAAAGUCCACGUCUUAUCGACAGAGACUCUCUGUCCAGCACCAGCCCCCCCGAAGACAAUGUUCACGGGAGUUGGUUUGCAUGCUGUAACCCUGCCAAAUUCCGGGACCGUCCUGCUUCGUUCUUCAUUCUCCACGCACUGGGUGGGGCCAUCCUCUUCAUCACUGAUGGGAUAAUAGGCUCCUAUGCUGGCUUUGUCUACACCUACGCAGUGUCCCCUCCUUUGCUGAUGGGUCAUAAGACCGCUGGCUGUCUGGACAGUACAUUCUGGGCCUCCAUCACAGUAGGAAGACUGGCUUUCAUCUACCUGUCUUACAGAUACACAGCACCAAGGCUGCUCACCUUCAGUCUGCUGGGAGUCAUAUUAGUGCAGUGCCUGUUGUUGAUCUUCUACACGAGCUGUGUGUUUCUCUUCAUCGGUACCUGCGUUUUGGGACUAUGCAUUAGUAGCGUGUUCCCAUCUGUGCUGGCCUUUACAGAGGACAUGCUAAACUACAAAGGUUGUGCCACAACUGUCCUGGUGACCAGUGCCAGCACAGGAGAGAUGUUGAUGCAGCUGCUUGUUGGAUUGGUAAUCCACAGUCAGGGCAGUUACACUUUCCUGUUGUGUUGUACGAUAUCAUCCUUCAUUGCCUUUACUCUGUUCUUGCUCCUUCUCUUUGUACGGCACAUCCACAGAAACUGCAUUACAGAUUCGUCUCAAAGCACGGACAUGAAGGAGAAACCUCGGACGGGGGGUUCUUGAUGCAAGAGAUUCCCCCGAGAGACAGAGGGUGGAGACCAGAGGAGAGGAAUGGCCGAGCAGCUCUGCUGUGGACGAUGGAGAGGGAGCCAAGGAACCAGAGCAUCAUCCCGCUCAUUUCUUCACCUCAAGCCUGACGAUCAACGAGCAGCUCGCUGGAUGGGCUAGUUCUCCACAUUUUUAUUUUUUCAAUUUUCAAUUAUUUGAUUCAAUAAUGCACAUGUCAUUUUUUGGCAAUUUUGAAUUACGAACGCUGGAAGUCUGUCUUCGGCUCCUAUGAUUAGUCUAGAAUAACUUUCAAUAUAUCUUCAAAAUUUGAGUUCUUACUCUAUUUCCACUGAAGUCCUCUUCUCUUCGCUCGCCCUGCGGAGCAGAUAAAUGCUACUUUCUUGCCUUACUGAACACAGAAAAAAUGGCAUCAACUUAGUGUGGCUAAUCAUUGACAUACUCCAGAUAAUGCAAAAAACAAAAAAGUAUAUGGUAUACAGAAAACAAUGUUUGUGUUGAUAUUUGUCUGGUGAUUUGUGCGUCAAUAAACAAAGCUUUAAAAAUGCGCCACUAUGUGAAUAAACUGGAAUCU